CGGGACGCCCGCCGCGGGCAGCUCCGGACGUGUGAGGGGCGGGCUGCCCGGGGAUGGAGUCGCCCAAGGUGGAGAAGUUUGCGACCGCGGACCGGGGGAACGGGCUGCGCGCCCUGGUGGCGCUGCGCCCCGGCGAGCUGCUGUUCCGCUCGGACCCCCUGGCGUACACAGUGUGCAAGGGGAGUCGCGGCGUCGUCUGCGACCGCUGCCUGGUCGGGAAGGAGAAGCUGAUGAGAUGUUCUCAAUGUCGAGUUGCUAAAUAUUGUAGUGCCAAGUGUCAGAAAAAAGCUUGGCCACACCACAAGGGGGAAUGCAAAUGCCUGAAAAGCUGCAAACCCAGAUAUCCUCCUGACUCCGUGAGACUUCUUGGCAGAGUUGUCUUCAAACUUAUGGAAGAAGCACCCUCAGAAUCAGAGAAACUUUAUUCUUUUUAUGAUCUGGAGUCAAAUAUUAACAAACUGACUGAAGAUAAGAAGGAGGGAAUCAGACAACUUGUACUGACCUUCCAGCAUUUCAUGAAAGAAGAAAUCCAAGAUGCUUCUCAGCUGCCACCUUCCUUUGACAUUUUUGAAGCCUUUGCAAAAGUGAUCUGCAACUCCUUCACCAUCUGCAAUGCGGAGAUGCAGGAGGUCGGUGUUGGCCUGUACCCCAGCAUGUCUUUGCUCAACCACAGCUGCGACCCCAACUGCUCAAUUGUGUUCAACGGGCCCCACCUCCUCCUGCGUGCAGUCCGCGACAUCGAGGCAGGAGAAGAGCUCACCAUCUGCUACCUGGACGUGCUCAUGACCAGCGAGGAGCGGCGGGAGCAGCUGAGGAGCCAGUACUACUUCGAGUGUGACUGCGUCCGGUGCCAAACCAAGGACAAGGAUGCUGACAUGCUAGCCGGUGAUGAGCAAGUGUGGAAGGAAGUCCGAGCAUCGCUGAAGAAGAUUGAGGAACUGAAGGCCCAGUGGCAGUGGGAGCAGGUUCUGGCCCUGUGCCAGGCGAGCAUAAGCAGCAACUCUGAGCGGCUCCCGGACCUCAACAUCUACCAGCUCAAGGUGCUGGACUGUGCCAUGGACGCCUGCAUCCACCUGGGCCUCCUGGAGGAGGCGCUCUUCUACGGCAUGCGCACUAUGGAGCCCUACCGGGUUUUUUUCCCGGGCAGCCAUCCGGUCCGAGGCGUGCAGGUGAUGAAGGUGGGGAAGCUGCAGCUGCACCAAGCCAUGUUCCCCCAGGCCAUGAAGAACCUGCGGCUGGCCUUCGACAUCAUGCGCGUGACCCACGGCCGAGAGCACAGCCUGAUCCAAGACUUGAUCCUGCUCCUGGAAGAGUGUGACGCCAACAUCAGAACCUCGUGAGGGACGGCGGAGGGCCGCGCCCCGCGCCCGCCGUGCCCUGCG